AUGGUGUUAACUAAAGAUGCAUCUGGUACUUUUCAACUCUGUAGAGUGUUAUUAGAUUCAUGCUCGCAGGUCAAUUUAAUAUCGGAAUCGAUGUGUAAUGCACUUCAUCUAAAAAAGUCACGAAGUGAAAACAGUCUUGUUGGUGUAGGAGCUGCAUCAAUAAAUAUUAAACACAAAACUAUAAGUACGAUACGUUCAAGGUCAAACAGUUUUGAAGCAGUACUUGAGUUUCUCGUUACCAAAAGAAUUUCUGGAUAUCACCCUAAUGAAACACUGUCGUUAGAAGAGUUGCAAAUUCCUGAAAAUCUUCAAUUAGCUGAUCCGACAUUUUACAAACGCCAAAAAAUUGAUAUGUUACUUGGUGCAGAAGCUUUCUUUUCACUGCUAGCAGUAGGCCAAAUAAAACUUGGUGAGAAUUUACCGACUUUACAAAAAACUUUGUUCGGCUGGAUUAUUUCAGGAAAACAUUGUUCUACUAAAGAUUCCAAAAUUGUUUCAUCCCAUUGUGUUGUCAGCUUGGAUACAAUUAAUGCGAACUUGGAACGGUUGUGGCAGAUAGAGGAACCAGUUCAUCCACCAUCAGUAUGGUCAGUAGAAGAACAGCAAUGCGAAACCAACUUUCAAAAAACUGUAGCUCUCAGUAACGAUGGCCGAAUUAUGACAAGGUUGCCAUUCAAAGGCGACACAAGUACUCUUGGAAAUUCUCAGAAAAUUGCAUUAAGAAGAUUUUUAUCUAUGGAAAGAAGACUUGACUCCAAUAUUGAGUUAAAAUUGGAAUAUGUGAAAUUUAUGCAAGAUUACGAAAAUCUCGGACAUAUGUCGAUGGUUAAGGAUUUGGAUUUAUAA